AUGGGUGCUAAUGCUGGUUUCAGCUCAAUUCAUCUUCCCAUUUUGCCAGUUUGUUUCUUGUUUUUCUCUGCACUUUCCUUUCUUGAUUUCAUUAAGCUGUGUCUGUGUGACGCAAAUAUCAGUAUCUUAUGCCUAGACUCAGAGAGAGAAGGGCUUCUCUCCUUCAAAACAACUCUCACUGACCCUUCUGGUAGGCUUUCCUCUUGGACAGGUGCAGAAUGCUGCAAAUGGAAUGGUAUCGAAUGCAGCAACCGAACACGUCGCAUCGUGAAGCUCAACCUCAGGAAUCCGUAUCAGUUAAUCAAUGGUGGAGUAGGUGAUCCAACAGCUUAUAAGAGGUCUUGUUUAGGUGGAAAAAUCAAUCCUUCGUUGUUGCAAUUGGAACGUUUAAAGUACCUAGACCUCAGCAUGAAUGACUUUGAAGGAACCCAAAUUCCUGAUUUCUUUGGUCAGUUUAAGGACUUGGUCUAUCUCAAUCUGUCAUUUGCAUCAUUUGGUGGAAACAUUCCUCCUCAGCUUGGAAAUUUGUCAAGCUUGAAGUACCUUGAUCUCUAUGCAGAUUCAUAUGGCAGUACUCGUCCACCGGAUUCGCACGCCAAGAAUCUAAACUGGCUUACAGGUCUCACUUCUUUGAAGUACCUCAACUUAGGAUUUGUGAAAUUAGAUAGUGCUGGAACUGAUUGGCUGCAAGCACUGAAUAAACUUUCUGCCCUGGUGGAGCUACGUUUGCAUUGGUGUGAACUUCAAGCUCCACUUUCAUUGCCAUUCAUCAAUUUCACUUCACUUUCAAUUCUUGAUUUGUCAGAAAAUUCUUUUAAUUCUGAAAUCCCUGAAUGGUUAUUCAAUCUGACAAGCCUUUCCAAGCUCUAUCUCCGAUGGAAUUUCUUUAGUGGCCCCAUUCCUGGUGAGUUUGCAAACCUCAAACUUCUUGAAGUCCUGGAUUUGUCAAAUAAUUUGGACCUUGGGGGUGAAAUUCCUAGUCUGUUUGGAAAUCUUUCCAGGCUGAAGAUUUUAGAUCUGUCAGCAAACAAUUUAAAUGGCGAGAUUCAGGACUUUUUGGAUGGUUUCUCGAACAGGCCUAAUGACUUAAUAUUUCUCGAUCUAAGUUCUAAUUCACUAGAAGGAGAAUUACCCGAAUCAUUAGGAAAUCUUAAGAAUCUGAAAUUUCUAGUCCUUUCUGGCAAUUCUUUCUGGGGUUCAAUUCCAUCAUCCAUAGGAAUUUUGUCAUCAUUGAAAACAUUGGACCUCUCUUACAACAGGAUGAAUGGAACAAUUCCUGAAAGUUUCGGCCAACUCUCCGAUCUCUUUCAUGUCGACCUGAUGGAGAAUUCUUGGACAGGAAUCGUAAACGAAGCACACUUGAUGAAGCUUGGAAGAUUAGAAUAUAUCAGAAUCACAACAGAACCAACCAGGUCCUUGGUUUUCAAUGUUUCCUACAAGUGGGUUCCUCCUUUCAGGCUCAACUUCAUUCACUUUGAAAAUUGCCUGGUGGGUCCUUUUUUUCCUGUAUGGCUUCAAGUUCAAAGGGAACUUACCUCUUUUAGCAUUCAAAAUGCGGGAAUCUCAGACACUAUACCAGGGGACUGGUUUUCAAAACUAUCUUCUCGAAUCACCUAUUUGAUUUUAUCAAAUAAUCAGAUCCAGGGGAAGCUGCCACAGCAUUUGGAAUUUCCGAAUUUAAGGGCACUUGAUUUGGGUUCUAAUCAUUUUGAGGGCCCGUUCCCAGUUUGGUCCACAAAUGCAACUGAUAUCUCUCUUCAAGAAAACUCAUUUUCAGGAUCUCUACCCGAAAACAUAGGCAGCCUAAUGCCAAGGCUGCAAAAACUGUAUCUUUCCUGGAAUUGUCUUGACGGAGAAAUCCCAGUGUCAAUGUGUGAACUAGAGGAACUGCAAGUUCUUUCCCUUCGGAACAAUAACCUGAACGGUAAACUCCCAAACUGCUGGCACAAUUCUCUGAUGUUAUGGGGAAUUGAUGCAGCAAACAACAAAUUAACAGGCAGUAUUCCAAGUUCCUUCGGCUCUUUAGCUUCCCUUAGUGUGCUGAUGUUGAACAAUAAUUAUCUUAAUGGGGAAAUCCCUUCUUCCUUGGAAAACUGCACAGGAUUGACAAGCAUUGAUCUUGGAGGAAACAGAUUUUCAGGAAAUCUACCCUUGUGGAUAGAAAACUUCUCCUCUUUCUUUAUGCUUCACCUUCGAUCAAAUUUAUUCAGUGGGAACAUCCCUCAAAGUCUAUGCAAUCUUAACAAUCUUCACAUCCUGGACCUUUCUCACAACAUGUUUUCGGGGGACAUUCCCAAGUGUGUUGGAAACCUGUCUGGCUUGGUCUACAGAAACAACACAGAAGUAUUUGAAUGGCUCAUAUAUGUUGUGAUAAAUGGAAGAGAUCCAGAGUACAGCAGCAUUAUUGCAAGUGUUAACUCCAUCGACCUUUCCUGGAAUAAUAUUACAGGAAGAAUUCCGGAAGAGAUUGCAAGCCUUUCUGCUUUGAGAAUGUUGAACCUAUCACACAACCAUCUUUCAGGGUCAAUUCCGGAAAGUUUUUCAACCUUGAGCUCUCUAACCCAGUUGAACUUAUCUUAUAACAACUUGGUCGGAAGAAUCCCUUCACUGCCGCAAUUCAAUGACCCAUCCAUUUUUGAGGGCAAUCCCUCGCUAUGUGGAGCUCCUUUGCCUACCAAAUGCCCUGGAGGGAGAUGGCUGUAA